AUGCCUAUCCAAGGAGCGAGUGGUGUUAUUGACUAUGAAGCUGAACUAAAGUCUAUCAAGUCCAACAAUACGAAUAAGGACAAGACUCUUGGCAAGGAGGGCGAUGUCGCGUACAAAACUGAGGACCUGCAGGAGGUCGAAAUCCAGUUUGGCGAGCUGGUGCUCGACAAAAACGAGUUCAAGACCAACAAAGAUAUCGUCGACAAGAUUGUCGACUCUUCCGACGACCCUACGAUGCAGGUCUGGACCGUGCGUUCGGUUGUUAUCGGCGGAGGACUGGCCAUCUUUGGUGGUGUUCUGCAGUGUAUGUUCUACUUCAAGCCCCAGACAAUUCUGGUGAGUGGGGUUUUUCUCAUGCUUAUUGCUCACGUGCUUGGAGAGCUCUGGUACAAAUUUAUUCCUUCCAAGGGCUGGCUUAGAUACAUUAAUCCUGGCCCUUGGAACAAGAAGGAGCUCACGUUCGCCACCAUCAUGGCCGGCUCUGCCUCCUCCUGUGCUCUUGCUGUCGAAGUCCUUGCUGUGCAAAGACUCUGGUACAACUCUUCCAUCAACGCUGGUGUUGGUAUUUUCAUUACUUUCUCGUCUCAGCUGAUCGGGUACUCGCUCGUCGGGCUUGGCCUCAAGAAGGCCCUGCUGUAUCCGUCAGAGAUGUUUUAUCCGAACUCGAUCCCGCUCGUGACCACCAUCCACACGCUCCACAACAACAAGGAGAAGACCAAGAAACAGCUCAGAGUUUUCUACUGGUGCUUCCUGGCUAUGUUCUUGUACGAGAUCAUUCCAGAGUGGAUUUUCCCGUGGCUCAUUGGUUUUUCAAUUCCUUGUCUCGCUGCACCAAAAUCGUCUGUGGUGUCCAGAAUUUUUGGUGGCACCAACGGUAAUGAGGGACUGGGCCUGCUCUCCUUCUGCUUCGACUGGAACUACAUCGCCUCGACCGCCUCGCCGCUGACCAUCCCGCUCACCGCCACGGUCAACAACCUGAUCGGCUACUUCCUCUGUAUCAUCGUUUUCUGCGGUGUCUACUACGGAAACGUGUGGAAAUCCAAGAACUUCCCAUUCCUGUCGCAAUCUCUCUUCUACGAGGACUCUGCCCCAGGUAACUACCUCGUGUACAACCAGACCGCUAUUCUCACCAACAAUAUCCUGGACGAGGAAAAGCUUGCUGAGCAGGGCAUCCCUUACAUGACCGGUACCUACACCGUUUACCUCAUUGCUACCAACCUUUCUGUUGGUGCUACCAUCACGCACAUGCUGCUGUUCAACCGCAAAGAGCUGGCUCCUGCCUUUUAUUGGUUCACUGCGCUCAAGAAUUACCUCCGCAACAUCAAGAGCAUCUUCACUCUCGAGACGCUCAAGUUCUGGAAGAACAUCGACAAGGACCCAAGACUCAACUCCGACGGCGUCCUCCCUGACGUGUACAACGACGCCCACAUGAGAGCCAUGCUCAGAUACAAAGAGGUGCCUACCUGGUGGUAUGGAGCCACGUUUGUCCUGUCCUUCAUGGUUGCUCUGGUGUGUCUGUACGAAGGUGACACCGGUCUGCCUUGGUACAUGCUGGUUUUUGCCAUGGCGCUGUCGUACCCAUUGACACUGUUUUUGGGCGGUCUUGUCGCCAUUUUCGGUUUUGGUGGCACCCAGAUGCAGACCGUGGUCCAGAUGAUUGGUGGAUUCUCCAUGCCAAAGCCAUCUCCUCUGGCAAACAUGUACUUCACGCUAUUUGGCUACAAUUCUGUCGGCCAGGCCUUCGCGCUGCUGAACGACUUGAAACUCGGCUACUACGUCAAGCUGCCUCCUAAAGACACAUUUGCUGCGCAGAUGAUCGGAACCGUGAUUGGUGCGAUCUUCAACUACAUCAUGAUGAACUCGAUUGUCGACUCGCAAUUUGACCUCCUCAAAGACAUUGAGGCCACCUCCGUCAUCUGGUCCGGUCAAAACGUCCAGCAGUACAACACCCAGGGUAUCGCUUGGGGUGCCCUGGCUAAGGAGAUGUUCACCAUGGGAAAAACUUACUACAUGGUGCCUUUGGCCCUGGUCAUUGGCCUAGGUCUUCCGUUGCCAUUCUACCUUGGCCACCGCCUGAGACCAACCUGGGGAUUCGACAACGUCAAGACUCCUGUUCUGAUCUGGUACAUUGGCUGGCUCUGUGUCGGUGUGAACUCCUCGAUCACCUCCUUCUUUAUCGCAGCCUUCAUUUCGCAGUUCUAUCUCAGAAAGUACAAGCCUCUGUACUUCAAAAAGUACAACUACAUUGUUGCUGCUGCGCUGAUCGGUGGCUGCCAGGUCGCCAUCUUCAUCCUGUCGUUCACCAUUUUCGGUGCUGGCGGUCCAAACACCACCCACAAUUUCCCAAGAUGGUGGGGCAACCUGAACGGAGCCACCGGCAUAAACGAGAACUUUGACCACUGUCUUUUCACCAACAACGGCUGA